UCUGUAAAUAACUGCCAUUGCAAUAAGGCACUAUUUAUAUUAUUGUUUGCUGUUUAUUACUUUUUUGAAGUAAAUAUGAAUGUUAGCUCUAUUAAUAAUAUCCUUAGUGAAAUACAAGAAUGUGUAAAAAAAGAAAAUCUAUCUUUAAAAUGUACAAAAGAAUGGAUGAAGGAAAUAUGCAAUUUAGAGAAAGAUCUAAUAAUUUGUUUUGAAAGAUAUCUACGAGAAAACAUACCAGAUAAAGAAAUAAAAACGUGUAUUUUGUUGUAUUUGAUACAACAACACUCGAUUUUGAGUUUAUAUGUUAAUAUAUUCAGGGAGGAAACUAAAGAAGGAUUAAUACUGGAAGAUGCCAGAAAUUGUUGUAAAGAAUGUUUUCAAUACUGUCUGUUGAAAUUAAAAGAUAUCAUGCAAGGAAAAUCCAUUUGUGAAGAUUCUUCUGGGAGUUUUAUAAAAUGGAUGGAUUUAUGUUUAAAUAAAUUGUCACAACUAGAUAUUAGUUCAGAGAAUGUGAAAGAAAUGUUUCAAAAAUGUUAUAAAAUCGUUGAGGAAGUAUUAUGUCAUGCUAUGUCACUUGCUCAAAUUGCUAUUGAUGAAGAUUCACGAAUUAUAAAAGGCAGUUCAAAGGCAGUGCUUGAUGUUUUGGGUGCUUUAAAAGUAGAAAUUGAUAAAAAUCCUAAAAGUAUUCCGGUCUGUAAUUUGUUAAUAGAUUCCUGCAGUGAUGAGUUAUGUAUUUUGGAAAGAAAAGUUAACACAGCAGUUCUUAGGCUUUGUUUAAAAUUAUUUUCGGACUUAUCUGGUCCUUUAGAUAUCCUAGAAAGAUAUUGUUUGAAUAGCUGCAAUAAAUUAGGUGAUAAUAUAAAUUUACUUGUAGAAAAUUUCGAUUUACACGUCGAUAGAAUUAUUCAAGUAGGUUUGUUUGCGAUUGGUUGUUCUUCCUACUCACAAUAUGUUAUAAGAUUGAAAGCUAACCUUGCCAGCCUCGAAGCUUUAGAAAUCUCUUUAGUGCCUUCAUUUUUAUUGUUAUUAAAGCAACCUUCAUUGCAAAAUGUUAAAUGUGCAACAUUGUUAAAGCAAUAUUGGAUUAGUAACGUUAAAAGUUUAAAACAACUCAUAUAUAACAUAAUUGAGCCAUCUGCCUUUUGUCAGGUUGUUUAUAGGGAGGUGCAUAAUUACAUAUUAAGUUUAGAUGAAGUUGUCAAUGAGAAGCAACAGCCUUUACAAAAUAUAUCGAUACAACCUAUAAUUUUGCAAACUAAAGUCCUUGGAGAAAUGAUAAAAGUAUCAUUGGAUCAUGCCGAUAUAAAACCAAAUUUAUUCGUCAAAUAUGAAAGAUUUAAAGCAGUUUUACGUGAAACGGACGCUGCCACAGAACAAUUAUUAGGGGCCAGUGUUGAUAGUAACACCAUUGAAAACAGUAAAAGGGUUUUGAAAAGAUGUAAAGUUUUACUGCAUUUAAUUAAACAGAUUUGGUAUUGCUACAUACAUGACGAGGAAAAGGAAGAUGAAAACGGCGCUAAGGAUAUGCAUGAAUAUGAUUGCGUUAAACAAUUACAGCAGAAAGUAACAGAGAAUAACGAUCUAAUGUUGACGCAAAUAAUUGAUAAAGGUAAACAAUUAUUGAAUGAAAGGAGUGUUAUGUAUAGAACUCCGUUAAAAACGGAGAAUAAAAACAAAUGUUUAGCAGUUUAUAGUAGUAAAGUAUCAACAAAAAGGAAAACACCAAGGAGCUGUUUACCAUUUAGAAAUGAUAUUUUAAAUAAUGAAGAAUCUUUUGUGAAUGAUACGUUUACGCAUUUAAAAUCCAAGGCAGUAAAGCAUUUAAGCAGUUCAUAGGAUUUAUGUUCAUAUUUGGUUAUAAGAAAACAGGAUUUAUUAUAAAAAUAAGUUUCUGUAAAAAAUCAACCAGUGGUACUGGAUUUUUUCUCCUUAAAUGGUGUCUAAGACUGACCAGCUUAAACUUAAUUCUUGGA